CCGAACACACGACAUGUUCACCGAGGGGUCGAUUCCCACGAGCGGACGGAAGGCGUCGCGCUGAGGAACGUCUACCAGAUGUUGGACGUGAAGCUGCUGGUGCUGCUGGCCGCCGUGUGUCUUCUCCUCCGGGUCUCGGGCCAGCGCCUCGAGGCCCGGGCCCGGCUGAAGGCGGCGCCGCCACCCCGUCUGGUCUGCAGCGUGCCCGGGGCGCCGGGCUCCGCCGGCCGGCCCGGGCCCGGUGGGCCACCGGGGACGGACGGGAACGUCGGCGUCCCGGGAAGAGACGGCCGAGACGGCAGGAAGGGAGAGCGAGCAGAGAAGGGAGGCGAAGGUGUGAAGGGCAAAGUCGGCCCGACGGGGAAGAUCGGAGGCCGAGGCGACCGCGGCCCCGCCGGCAAACGAGGCCCCGGGGGGCCGGGCGGCGUCGUGGGCCCCCCCGGGACACCCGGCGGCGCCGGAGACAAAGGGGACCGGGGCCAGAGGGGACCACGCGGGACCGCGGGAACCUGCAAGUGCGGCACCCUGCUGCCCAAGUCGGCCUUCUCGGUGGGCAUCACCAGCAGCUACCCGGCGGAGAAGACCCCCAUCAAGUUCAACAAGGUGCUGUUCGACGAGGGCGGGCACUACAGCCCGCUGACGGGCAAGUUCCUGUGCGCCUACCCGGGCAUCUACUACUUCUCCUACGACAUCACGCUGGCCAACAAGCACCUGGCCAUCGCGCUGGUGCACAACGGGGAGUACCGCAUCAAGACCUACGACGCCAACACGGGGAACCACGACGUGGCGUCCGGGGCCACCGCCAUCUUCCUGAACCCGGAGGACGAAGUUUGGCUGGAGAUCUUCUUCCACGACCAGAACGGCCUGUUCAGCGACCCCGCCUGGUCCGACAGCCUGUUCUCCGGCUUCCUGCUCUACGCCGACACAAACUACUUCGACACGCUGGCAGAGGAGUACUCAUAAACACACUCUGCUCGUCACUGUUUUGAGUCUUUAUUCAACAUGUGGUCAAACUAUAUUUGUAUACAUCUGUGUGUCCCGGUAGUUAUGUUUAUUGAUAUAGAGACCUAUCUACUGAUUUUAAAUUAUAUUAUUUGAUUGAGCUAGAAGACGUUUCUUAUGUAUUUGUUUUGGAGUUGGAUCACUAAUAACUUGAAUAAACAUCGUCGACAGCUA